CAAGAAACAGAAGCCCAGGAAAUAUAAAGGAAAUAAUUAAGUUUUUCUUGACGCACAGAAAUUGAUCAUCUCCAGAGAUCCCAAAACAUUUAUACAACUAUUCCACUUAUUCAAGAAUGAGGGCACAGAUUCAAAAAGUCCCGCAGAUUGUCGAGUUACUGAAAAAGAAAUCAGUGGGCUUGCAGCACUUCAAGCCUACAUCUUCAGUGUGCGUCCUGGACUCGAAGGAUGCUGCGGAGGUUGCGCCUUGUGGACACAUCCGUGCCGCGGCGCCCAGCAUUGAUGCGCUUCCCGGACCAACCAGAUGGCCUCUGGUUGGCAGCCUGAUUGAACUUCUCUUCAGAGGAGGCUUGACACGACAACACAACGCACUGGUUGAUUACCACAAGAAAUUCGGUAAAAUAUUCCGGAUGAAACUGGGAUCAUUUGAGUCUGUCCACAUAGGCGCUCCUUGCUUGCUAGAAGCGCUCUACAGAAAGGAAAGCAACUAUCCACAGCGCUUAGAGAUCAAGCCGUGGAAGGCUUACAGAGACAUGAGAGACGAGGCGUAUGGACUCCUCAUUCUGGAGGGCGAAGAUUGGCAGAGGGUGAGGAGCGUCUUUCAGCAGAAACUGAUGAAACCCACUGAGAUCAUGAAACUUGAUGGGAAGAUAAAUGAGGUCAUGGUAGAUUUCGUUAAAAGAAUUGGGAAGGAGAACGUCGGUGGAAAAAUGGACGAUUUGUAUUUCGAACUGAAUAAAUGGUCAUUUGAAACAAUUUGUUUUGUUCUCUACGACAAACGAUUUGGACUUCUGAAUGAGAAAAUCAAUGAAGAGGCAAUAAACUUCAUCACGUCUGUAAAAACAAUGAUGAAUUCAUUUGGCAUGAUGAUGGUCACACCGGUGGAGCUGCACAGGAAGCUGAACACCAAGACCUGGCAAGACCACACAGCCGCCUGGGAUCGCAUCUUCAGCACAGCAAAAGUCUACAUCGACAGGAAGCUAAAGCAACACUCGGCUGGUACAGGUGAUGACACCUUCCUGUCUGACAUCUACCGCAACAGCCGUUUGUCCAAGAAGGAACUGUACGCUGCCAUCACUGAGCUGCAGAUCGGAGGGGUGGAGACGACUGCCAACAGCCUGCUGUGGGCUAUUUUCAACCUGUCCCGUAACCCUGGCGCCCAGGAGAGGCUCCUGCAGGAGAUCCAACAGGUGAUUCCCGCCAAUGAGAACCCGUGUGCCGAGCACAUCAAGAGCAUGCCCUACCUCAAGGCCUGCCUCAAGGAGUCCAUGAGGUUAUCGCCGUCAGUUCCAUUCACGAGUCGGACCCUGGACAAAGACACUGUGUUGGGGGAUUACUCCAUUCCCAAGGGGACCGUCCUGAUGAUCAACAGUCACGUGCUGGGUUCUAACGAGGACUACUUCAGCGAGGGGACUCGGUUCAAGCCUGAGCGCUGGCUGAGGGAGACCAGAACCAUAAACCCCUUUGCCCACGUUCCCUUCGGCAUUGGGAAGAGGAUGUGUAUCGGGCGCAGGCUGGCAGAGCUCCAGCUGCAGCUGGCACUGUGCUGGCUGGUCAGGGAUUAUGACAUUGUGGCCACAGAUAAUGAGCCAGUGGAAGCAAUCCAUUCUGGAACCCUGGUUCCAAACCGGGAACUCCCAGUGGCAUUCAACAAGCGAUAAGAUCAGGUUGGAUGUUGGACCUGCAACCCUUCC